GUGUGGUGACUCCAUCCAAGUCUCCAAUGUUCUAGUGCUCGUUUGGCAGUAGAGGUGUUACUGGCUCCUCUGCCAAUCUAAUGGAACAGCGUUCCUUCCAGCCAGUGUCAGCGGUCGUAUUGAACAAAUCAAACAUUCGUCACAAACGUGACAACUGUCGUAAACAACAAAUCCUGCUCCUGCUAUUAUGUUGUUUAAACGGAUCAUUGAAGGAAAGUCCAUGUUGAAUGCCGACUCCAGGAAUAAGUCACCGGAGAAAUGUUCUAGAAGGAAGUCGGAAUGCGAUGGCUGUGGCGAACAUUCCACGAUACUCGAAGAAAUGACGAAGUUGGUGCUGUUGGGGGUCGUGCUGUGGGCGGGGGUGACCUUCGGGGCCCAUGUUGCUCCGUACCCACUCAACUUGUUGAUCACAAGUGAUACCAUACACCCGCCACCUAUGUACGACUUUCCAUUUCCAAGCAAAGAAAUGUUGAAAAGAUUGCCCCCGGUGACUACGGUUCACACAAACCGAUCGAUUGAAGUUAGCAAGUUAACGGUUAAGAUGCUGGAACGGUUUGAGAAUAACCUACAAUCUGCUGGUAUUGUGCCCAAGAUGGGCUCAGCGGCGAAGGGUCUGGCUAUACUUGGUAAACCUACGAGUGACGCCAUGCAUUAUGAGGAGUCCUCUAUGAUUAUAACUAAGGCCUCACAGAAUUUGGUCUACACGAGAUGUGGAAGAUACGGGCUAGCCAACGAUGAGUGCGCGAGUUUCAUCAGUACGUUGAACCUUCGUGACAGUGAAUAUGGGGGGGAAUGCGCAGCCUUAGAGCGGUUCACGUGCAGGUCCAAUAAGAUGUCCUCCAGGUACAGGACCUUCGAUGGAUCCUGUAAUAACCCCGUGAGGUCAUCAUGGGGACAAGCGCUAACCGGUUACAAGAGGCUUCUGCACCCGAGAUACGCUGACGGCAUUGAAGAGCCCCGUCGCGCCGUAAGCCACAAGCUACUGCCGUCAGCUCGAGUAGUCAGCACCAAGCUGACGCACAACCUAGAUCGACCUGAUGACAGGAAGACCAUCGCCAUGGCUGUGUGGAGUCAAUUCGUCUACCAUGACUUGGCUCAUACACCUGUUCGCAAGACCAUCCACACGGGCGAAGCCAUCCGUUGCUGCGACAACUCUGGCCUGACGUUGACUCCGCGGUACAUUCACCCAAGCUGCUUGCCCAUCUCAGUCCCCAGCGAUGACCCUUACUUCAAGGAUCAGUACAUCACCUGUAUGGACUACACCAGGUCCGUGACUACCUACAGAGGAGACUGCACAUUCGGAGCCGCGGAGCAGAUGAAUCAAGCCACCCACUUCCUCGACGGGUCCCACAUCUACGGUUCCAACGGGCGUGACGCGGCGGCUCUCCGGGAGAAGACUGGUGGUCUACUAAAGACCUCCAACAUUGAUGACGAGAUCCUCCUGCCUCUGGCCAACAACCCCACGGAGAAGUGUCUGGUUGAGUCCGAUUCUAGCACCUGCUUCAAUGCCGGUGACGUCCGUGUCAAUAUGUACCCCUGGCUGACCGCCAUGCAAACCCUCUGGGUCCGGGAACACAACCGCAUUGCACGCUCCCUCGCCACCCUCAACCCCGGGUGGAACUCGGACAAGCUGUACCAUGAAGCUAGGAGGAUAGUCGUGGCUGAGAUGCAGCAUAUCACAUACAAGCAUUGGGUGCCUGCUCUUACUGGCAAAGCCUUCGAUGAGCUUUACGAAGGAUAUGACACUGGCUACAACUCGGACAUUGACCCCACCGUCACUAACUCCUUCGCCACAGCAGUAUUCCACUUCGUCAACAGCCUCCUGGACCAGGACGUGCAAAUGAUCGAUGACAACAAUGAUGUGACGUCAUCCCGCCUCAUGGAGAACUUCUUCAAGCCAGAUCUGUUGGCGAAACACGGCGCUUUGAAGAAGAUCCUGAAGGGAAUGAUCAGUCAAAAGAGUCAGGAGCUCGACUUCAACUAUGAUGACGACCUCCGCAACCGUUGGCUGGGCGGGCUGGACGUGCUGGCGGUGGACGUGCAGCGCGGACGCGAGCACGGGCUGCCCGGCUACGCGCAGUACCGCGCGCUGUGCGGCCUCGCGCCCGCCGCCGCCUUCCACACUCUGCACGACGUCAUUCCUCAGGAGCUCGUAGACAAGCUAUCUAAAGUGUACGAGCACCCUAAUGACAUCGACCUGGUUGUGGGCAUGAUGGCUGAGACGCCAUUGCCUUCAUCUCUUUUGGGACCAACUGCUACCUGCUUAAUUAAGGAGCAGCUGUGGCGCACGCGCGCGGGCGACCGCUACUUCUACUCGCACCCGACCGAGGCGGGCAGCUUCUCCAAGCGGCAGCUGUCCGAGCUGCGGCGCGCGGCGCUGGCGCGGCUGCUCUGCGACAACGUCGGGUUCAUCGCCGUCCAGCGCGACGUCUUCCGCCCACCUUCUGAGAGCAACCCCAUAGUGUCCUGCGAGGAGAUAAAGAAAGUUAACCUUGAAGCAUGGCAGGAGUCCUCCUCACAACCCGACAUCCUCACUCGCACCAACAAGUGGCUUAAAAACAAAGUGGGUACCGGCAACUCUACUAAAUAGACUAAGAUCUUACGCCAUUUCUAGUCGAAAAACUUUAGAGGGGACGAAGGACCAAGACGAGAUGUUAGUUAACUAUAGUAUCUGUUUUGUCACGUCAUACUAUUGCUACGGAUAGAAUCUGGUUUUGGCUAAUUUAAAAAAUGCUUGGUUUUGGUUUCGCGUUUUGGAAAAAGCGGAAUACGAACGAUUACUAGUCUUUCGACUAAAAAUUGCAAUACGCCUAGUUGUUAAUUUAGUUAAUUUAGUUUCCCAUUAUUGGACGCGGUACAAGUUGUAUGCCUCGGUGAAUUUUAAGACUGAUUUUGCAUUGAUUACUGUUGGCAUUAUUGUUAUCAUGUAACUUGUAUAUUUUCUUUCAAUAUACAGUUCUUAUUCAUAUUGGUUUUCUUUCGAUAAGUAUCCCAAUAUAGUUUGAGCUGCUUUUGUACUUAUUUUCAAAAAAUCUUUGGUCAACUGAUAUCAAGUGAAAAUAAAAGCAACUUGUGCCGUAGUACUAAGUACAGUGAUUCAGUAUUGGUUGUUUGUAUUGUAUAAUGCCUUAUAAUCUCGUUCCUAGUGUGAACAAUAUGAAGUAAUUUAAGGAAAUUUUGUAUAAAUAGCUUGUUCGUACAAAUGCAGCCUCUUCGUGAAUUCCAGGAUGCGACUCAUUAAUACGUCAAGAGAUUAAGUGUAUGUAGACAAUAGUUUGGACCCCAAUUAUGCUAAUAACUUUACCUCUAUCGUUUCGCUCUUUUUCAUCGUUUCGGUAUCGCGAAAACAGUUUGAUUCUUGGAUCGAAACGAUCAGUUUCGACCCAAGAAUCAAACUCUACUAUCAACCAUCGUUGCCGGAGCCAUAACAAGAUUCCAAGAUAAAGUUGUAAUUGAAUACCUUAGCGAACAAGAUAAAGAUGCAUUCCAGUUAAAGUUAUUAGUGCGAUUGCCCUGCUGUAGUCAUAAGGUUGUACUGUGUAGUACAAUGGCUGUGAUACACGAAGCGUGGGUGAAACCACGUUUCUCUAGACAUAUCGCAUGCGCGGUGGGUCCUCUAGUUCCAUAUGUUAAAAGAUCAGGGGACUCUUUUCAUGUUUUGUUAUAAAAAUAUUGUGUUUAAAAAAGAUUUUAAAAUUUAAAAAACGUUUCUAAAAAGAAUAUCUACGUGAUAGUUUAUAACUAUUUCGUCGUGAUUUCGGUGAAGGUUAUGUAAAAAUUCAGCUCCUGAGCAAUUUUUUCAGUUAGUUUUAUUUCAGAAGCCGAUUUUUUAAUGGAAAUAUCUUUUAUUUCAACUUCCCAAAAUAAAUUUUGUGAAACAGAUUAAAUUUUUUAUGAAAAUCUAGAUCAUGUUGUUAUUAUUAUAUAAGUAAUAAAUACUUUAAUUUUCCGUCUCAUUACAGCAAUCUCAAAAAUGAUAGAAUGAUAUAAACUGAGUGAUGCAUGGUAAUCUUACGUGGAUCGUACAAUACCUACAGUAAUUUUAUGAAAUUUUAUAAAUGACCUGAGAUCAUUAUGUAUAUACAAUUAAUAUGACAGGCGUUCAAAUUCAUAUAGAGGCUUUGGUGCAUGUGGCAUGCUCCAAAUAAGUGUUAAUAGUAAAAUCAAUAAUGAAGUGUAUUUUUUUCAAUGGACAUAACAUUAUUUUACACAAUUUGCAUCACUCAAUACUUCGUAAUAUGUCACUGAUUGAACUAAAUACUUAGUUAUACAAUUAUAAACAUCUAAUAAAAUCAAGGGGCUUGCAUUGUUACCUUUUGCUUGACAAGUUUAUUGUUAUUUUAUCUAAAAUAAAACUGCUUUACGGUGACAUAUUGCUAUAAAAAUAUAUAAUUAUUUCUUCAGUCAGGGUUAUAUAAAUCAUUGCGUUAACGUUAAUUAUCUUUUAUACGAUAUAAAAUAAAGACUUAUUUAAUUAA